GACAUGGCAACAGGAAACCACUCCAAAGUGACUGAGUUCAUCCUGGCUGGGUUAACUGACAAACCAGAGCUCCAGCUACCCUUCUUCCUUCUCUUCCUAGGAAUCUAUGUGUUCACAGUCGUGGGGAACCUGGGCAUGAUCACACUGAUUGGGCUCAGCUCUCACCUGCACACCCCCAUGUACUACUUUGUCAGCAGUCUGUCAUUGAUCGAUUUGUGCCACUCCACUGUGAUCACCCCCAAAAUGCUGGCUAACUUUGUGACAGAGAAGAACAUCAUCUCCUACCCUGGAUGCAUGACUCAGCUCUACUUCUUCCUUCUUUUUGCUAUUUCAGAGUGUUACAUGUUGGCUGCAAUGGCCUAUGACCGCUAUGUGGCCAUCUGUAGCCCACUGAUUUACCAUGUCAUCAUGUCCUCUCAGACCUGCUUUUCCCUUAUUUUGGUGGUAUAUAUUAUAGGAGUAGUUUGUGCAUCAGUUCAUACAAGCUGCAUGAUUAGAAUUCGUUUUUGUAAAUUGAAUGUGAUCAAUCAUUAUUUCUGUGAUCUUAUAUCCAUCCUAAAACUCUCCUGUUCUAGCACGUAUGUUAAUGAAUUACUAAUUCUAGUCUUUAGUGGAAUUAAUAUCCUUGCGCCCAGCAUGACCAUCCUUAGCUCCUACAUCUUCAUCAUUGCCAGCAUCCUGCGCAUUCGCUCCACUGAGGGCAGAGCCAAAGCCUUCAGCACCUGCAGCUCCCACAUCUCAGCUGUUGCUCUCUUCUAUGGAUCUGCUGCGUUCACGUACCUGCAGCCAUCGUCAAUCAGCUCCAUGGACCAAGGGAAAGUGUCCUCUGUGUUUUACACCAUCAUUGUGCCCAUGCUGAACCCUCUGAUCUACAGCUUGAGGAAUAAAGAUGUGAAUGUUGCCCUGAAGAAAAUGCUAGAGAAAAGAAAAUUUCUGUGA